AUGAUCUCAGAGUUAGCCACUAGAAUCUCGACAUAUUCUAUAUCAUUCAAAUUUCAACGCAUUAAAAUCUUAAAACGUUGUUACUCAGUUCCCGUACUCAGAGAUUACCAACAAGAUGCUAUAAAUGCCUGUGUGAGUUCUAUUCGACAAGGAACCAAGAGAAUCGGUGUAUCAUUAGCCACUGGGGGCGGUAAGACAGUGAUAUUCUCAAACCUCAUCAACCAAUUGCGGCAAAACUAUUUCAAGGAAAACGAAGGAAAUUUUAAAUCCUUGAUCCUAGUUCACAGGAGAGAGCUGGCCUUACAAGCGACAACCACUCUCAAAAAAAUAUUUCCCAACUUGAAGGUCCACAUAGAAAUGGGAAAAUAUGAUUGCGAUAUUGAAGAUUCUGACGUGAUUGUGGCAUCCGUUCAGACGUUGAUUAGAAGACUCGAUAAAUAUGAUACUGAUUCAGUGAAUCUCAUAAUUAUUGAUGAAGCCCAUCAUUCUGUGGCUAAUUCCUAUAGAAGUAUCUUGGAUCAUUUUAAUGCCUCGACUGCAGAAACGAAAAUUCCUGUUAUUGGCUUUAGUGCGACUUUUGAAAGGGCAGAUAAAAGAGCUCUGUCAAUGGUCAUGGAUAAAAUUGUGUAUCACAGGGGGAUUCUGGAAAUGAUUGACGACAAGUGGCUAUGUGAGGCUAAAUUUACAUCAGUCAAAGUUGAGGCAGACUUAUCUACUGUUAAAAGCACUACAGAUGACUUCCAGCUAGCACCGCUAUCGUCCAUAAUGAAUACAAAUGAAAUUAAUGAAGUAAUCCUGAAAACAUACUUACAUAAAAAGCAAGAGAAAUCGUUAAAAUCAACAUUAUUAUUUGGCGUUGAUAAAACCCAUGUACGAAGUUUGCAUAAAUUAUUUAAAGACAAUGGUAUCGACACGGACUAUGUCACUUCGGAUACAAAACAGAUAGAACGAGAUAAUAUGAUUCAAAAAUUUAAGAAUGGGGAAACUGAAGUACUUAUGAACUGUGGAAUAUUCACUGAAGGAACAGAUAUGCCAAACAUUGAUUGUAUAUUACUCUGUAGACCCACAAAAUCACGUUCACUUUUAAUUCAAAUGAUUGGAAGAGGUUUGCGGUUACACCACUCCAAAGACCACUGUCAUAUCAUUGACUUCAUUGGAGCUUCUAAUGUUGGAGUAGUUUCUGCGCCCACGCUACUAGGUAUAAAGAGUGAUGAUACUGAACUUGAUGAUGCUACAGUAGAAGAUUUGAAAGCAAUUCAAGGAGAGAUAAUAGCUAAACAACAAAAAAUCGACGAAAGAUUAAAGACUCUAUUCCAGACUAAUGAAACAGCAAUGGAAAAUGUAUCUGAAAGAAAUAGCGCUGUAAAUUGGAUUCAAAAUGCAAAUUCACUUGAUUUAACCUUGUGCUCUUUUGAUAGUUUUAGGAAUUUUACACAGAGCAAUAACUCAUAUCCAGCUGGCAAGGAAUUUGAUGAAGCUUCUGAAGCAGUAAAAGAAAUGGAGCUGUUAAUGAACUCACAAUAUCCGUGGGUGAAAUUUGCGUUCAAUGCGUGGGGCCUCCCUUUAAAAGGCAAAAAUCAUUUGAGAAUAUACAAAGAAAAAUCAGAAGACAAGUCGUCGGUAAUAUAUCACCUAAAAAUGUAUCGACAAUUGCCGUCUUUUAUAACAAAUAAAUACGCAGACUAUGUUCCAAAAAGUAUAAUAAAAGACGCUAGCCUUUGGAAUGUGAUGUCAAAGGUGGAAAAAAUUAUAAAUACUCUAAAUUCGGACUUGGAAGGACAAACAAUGCAGUACCAGGCAAUAUCGAGUAAAUUCUCGAAAUGGAGACACGCAAUUCCUACGCCAAAGCAGAGAGACUUUGUUUUCAGAAAAUUGAAGAAAGUAUAUGGUGAGUCUUCAAAAGAUUUUAUGAGUUUAUCUUUGGAUGAUGUUACCGCUUAUAUAGAUACUAAGAUGACGAAAGGAGAUGCCUCCAACUUAAUCUUUGCUAGCAGUUUAGCACCUGUCUACCCGUUGAAAUCACUAUUACGAAUUUUAGAAUAUCAAAAAAGAAGACCAUUCAUGAAGUAA